UCUUGCAUCAGCAGAAAAAUGGCUUGGCAUUACAACUUGUCCUCCAUCUUAUUGUUUGUUUUUAUCUACUUUAUGCAUGACUGCAUGAUAACUACUAUAACAGCACGUCGCCUUCUUCAGACCUCUAGUUUUUCAGCACCCGCUACUCCUAGUUUUUCAACGUCCGCUGUCCCAAGUUUCACGACGCCCACUACCCCCAGUUUCUCAAUGCCUGCUACCCCAAGUUUCUCCAAUUCUCCGGGUCUUUCAAAGCCUGAGAACCCUAGUUUCUCAAAGCCCCAGACUCGUAGUUUCUCAAAGUCUGAGACACCUAGCUUCUCAAAGCCUCAGAACCCUAGUUUCUCAAAACCUCAAACACCUAGUUUCUCAAAGCCCGAAAAUCCUAGUUUCUCAAAGCCUGAGACACCUAGUUUCUCAAAGUCCGAAAUUUCUAGUUUUUCGAAAGCCGAGACCCCUAGUUUCUCAACGCCAACUACCCCAAGUUUUUCCAAUUCACCUAGUCUUUCAAAGCCUGAGACCCCUAGUCUUGCAAAACCUGACAUCUCUAGCUUUUUAAAACCUAAAACACCUAGUUUCUCAAAAUCUGAAAUACCUAGUUUCUCAAAGCCCGAAACUCCUAGUUUCUCAAAGCCUGAGACACCUAGUUUUUCAAAACCUGAAACCCCUACUUUCUCAAAACCAGAGACCCCUACUUUUUCAAAGCCCGAGACUCCUAGUUUCUCUAAAGCUGAGGCUCCUAGUUUCUCAAAGUCAGAAACUCCUAGUUUUUCAAAGCCUGAGACACCUAGUUUCUCAAAAUUUGAAACCCCUAGUUUCUCAAAACCUGAGGCUUCCAGUUUCUCAAAGCCAGAAACUCCUAGUUUCUCAAAGCCCGAGACACUUAGUUUUUCAAAACCAGAAACCCCUAGUUUCUCAAAACCUGAAACCCCUACUUUUUUAAAGCCCCAGACCCCUAGUUUUUCAAAACCUGAGACUCCUAGUUUCUCAAAGCCCGAGACUCCUAGUUUUUCAAAACCCGAUACCCCUAGUUCUCCAAAGCUUGAGACUCCUACUUUUUCCAAGGCUGAAACUCCUACUUUCUCAAAGCCCAAGACUCCAAGUUUCUCCGAGCGCAAGACCCCUGGUUUAUCAAAGUCUGAAAAUCCUACCUUCUCAAAGCCUGAGACCCCUACUUUUUCAAUGCCCGAAACUUCUACAUCGUCAGAUCCUGUUAUUCCUACUUCCCCAAAUCCCGAGACCCCAACUUUAUUGAAGCCUGAGAAUCCUACUUUCUCAAAGCCUGAAAUCCCAAAAAUUUCAAAGCCCGAGACUCCUAGUUCUACAAAAUUCGAGAUUCCUAGUUUUUCAAAGCCUGAGACUAUUAAUUCCCCAAAGACAGAGAACCCUAAUUCUCCAAAGCUUGAGACCCCUAGUUUUUCAAAACCUGAGACUCCUACUAUCUCAAAGCCGGAGACUCCGAGUUUCCAAAAGUUAGAGACUCCUACUUUAUCAAAGUCUGAAAUUCCAAGUUUUCCGAAGCUUGAGACCCCUAGUUUCUCAAAGCCUGAGACCCCUAGCUUCCCAAAGCUCGAGACUCCUAGUUUUUCAAAGCCUGCGACUUCCCUAAAGCCUGAAAUUCCUAGUUUUUCAAAGCCCGAGACUCCAAGUUCCCCGAAGCCUGAGACCCCUAGUUUCUCGAAGCCCGAAAUUCCUAGUUUUUCAAAGCCCGAGACUCCAAGUUCCCCGAAGCCUGAGACCCCUAGUUUCUCGAAGCCCGAAAUUCCUAGUUUUUCAAAGCCCGAGACUCCAAGUUCCCCGAAGCCUGAGACCCAUACUUUCACAGAUUCUGAAAUGCCAAGUUCUCCAAGCCCCAAGACAUCAAAUUCCCCAAAGCCUGAGACCCCUAGUUUCUCAAAGCCUGAAACACCUAGCUUUUCAAAGCCUGAGACUCCUAGUUUCUCAAAACCUGAUACUCCAAGUUCCUCGAAGCCUGAGGAACCAAGCACCCCAACGCCCAAGAUGCCAAGUUUCUCAAAGCCCGAGGCUCCUAGUUUCUCAAAACCUAAGACUUCAAGUUCUCCAAGUGCCUCCAGUUCCCUAAAGCCUGAAACUCCUAGUUUUUCAAAGCCCGAGACUCCAAGUUCCCCGAAGCCUGAGACCCCUAGUUUCUCGAAGCCUGAAACUCCUAGUUUUUCUAAGCCCGAGACUCCAAGUUCCCCGAAGCCUGAGACCCCUAGUUUCUCGAAGUCCGAUACUCCUAUUUUUUCAAAGCCCGAGAUUCCAACUUCCCCUAAGCCUAAGAUUCCUAGUUUCUCAAAGCCCAAUACACCAAGUUCUCCAAAGUCGGAGUUGCCAAGCUCCCCAAAGCCUGAGACACCAAGCUUCUCAAAGCCCAAGGCGCCAAGCUCCCCAAAGCCCAAGAUGCCAAGUUCCACAAAGUCCGAGAAGUCAAACUCCCCAAAGUUGGAGACUCCAAGUUUCGCAAAGGCUGAGACGCCAAGUUUCCCAAAGGCCAAGACGCCAAGCUCCCCAAAUCACAAGAUGCCAAGUUCCGCAAAGCCAGAGAUGCCAAGCUCCCCAAAGCCCGAGACCCCAAGUUCCCUAAAGCCCGAGACCGCAAGUUCCGCAAAGCCCGAGAUGUCAAGCUCCCCAAAGCCUGACACCUCAAGUUUCGAGACUCCAAGUUUUUCAAAACCCGAAACUCCUAAUUCCCAAAAGCCCGACACACCAAGUUCCCCAAAGUCCGAGAAACCUAGUUUGCCGAAGCAUGAGACCCCAAGUUUUCCAAAUUUUGAGACUCCAAUUUUCUCAAAGUCAGAGAUACCUAGUUUAUUAAAACCUGAAACAUCUAAUUCUUCAAAGCCUGAUAUUCCAGCAGCCCCAAUAGCAGCCCCAGAAUUUGAGACUCCAAGUGUUAUCAGGCUUGAAAUACCAAGUGAACCAAACCGUGAGCUACCAACUACCCCAAAAUCGAAGAUUCCCACGUUUACAAAGCCUGAUUCACCCGUUAUUUCAGAUCUUGAGAUUCCAAGUGUAUUAAAAACAAAUUCACCAAAACCUUCUAAACAAACAUUGUCAACUUCUCCCUAAGUAACUAUGGUGUUAUUCAUGUGACAUGACUUGUGUUGGCUAGCUAACAGAGGAUUAGAUCGCAUAUGAAUGAGUUGAAAAUGGGUUAGAUGCGAAUGACUAAAUAUUUGACUUGUCAUGUGAAUAAAAAUGAGUUGAAUGAUAGAUGAUUUUAGUAUCCACAUAUUAUUUACUCAUAA